CCAACACACCCAGGACUCGAGAGACAAUUACGAAGAGUUUAGACCACUGAUCAUUGCCUCAAAUCACCCAAUCCCUCCCUUUCAAACUGGAGGGUCCAUCCUAAGAUCACACUAACCGUCGUCCUUCCACCACGUCUCUUCAAUCCUCAUCACUGCCCUCUUCACCGCCUUCUUCAUCACCUUUACUCACACACCAUUACCACCGAAUCAUGACCCAAAAGCUGAUCGCCGUCGUCGGCGCCACGGGCAACCAAGGCGGUUCGGUCGCCCGCCGCUUUCUGGCCGCAGGAUACCGCGUCCGCGCACUCACCCGCGACGUCUCCUCCCCUUCCGCGGCCGCCCUCGCCGCCCUCGGCCCGGACGUGGAACUCGUCACCGCGGAUCUCGAGGACGUCGCGUCUCUCGAGGCCGCUUUCCGCGGCGCCAACGUCAUCUUUAGCGUCACCAACUACUGGGAGCCCUUCUUCCGCCCGGACUGCCGCGCGGAGGCGCAGAGGCGAGGCGUCUCGUGUCGGAGGUUCGCCUACGACGUCGAGUACCGCCAAGGCCGCAAUAUCGCUGACGCCGCGGCCGCAACUGUGGACUCGCUGGACGACAACGGCUUUCUGGCCUCGACGCUGAGCCAUGCCGGGCGGUGCAGUGGCGGGCGGUUCAAGGAGCUGUAUCACUUCGAUGCGAAGGCCGACGUCUUCCCAGACUACGUGAAUGAAAAGUAUCCCGCACUGGCGGCCAAGAUGUCAUGUAUCCACACGGGGUUCUUCUACACGAGUUACAACAUUCUCCCCAACUCAUACUUUGGCAAGAACCCUGACGGUACAUUCACCAUGGCUUUCACCACAUCCCCUGAGAAGCCCAUCCCUCACUUUGCCCCGGCUAGCGACAUGGGCAAUUUCACAUACGCCGUUUCCCAAAUGCCGCCAGGGAAGGCUUACAUGGCCGAAGGAACAACCUGCACUUGGCCACAGUUCCUCGAGACGUGGGCCAAAGUGACGAACGUCAAGGCGGACUACCGGCAAAUCUCGCACGAAGAGAUGGUUCAGGCGACGGGGGAGAGGGACACCGGUAUCGAGGUCGCGUACAUGUUUUCCUACUCAUCCGAUCCGGGGUACGACGGUGGUAUGGAUCUCUUGACUGCGGCGGAUCUUAUAAAGGCUGGUAUCGAUUGCCCCAUGACAACAUGGGAAGAGUGGGCUACAAACAACGAUUGGACUUCUGUUCUUGAGAAGUAGAAGUGCAGUGUUGUAUCUCCGAGAUUUGUUUAAUUUCUUUUUGUGUAUGACAGAACGCGACUAUGAUCUUAACUCGCGGCUAGGCUCUUCACAUCGAAUCCGGACAUGAGACAUGUGCAUUUCACAUAGAGGGCAGCAAACCCGAACACUCGAU